ACUCUCUCUCUCUCUCUCUCUCUCUCUCUCUCUCUCUCUCUCUCUCUCUCUCUCUCUCUCUCUCUCUCUCUCUCUCUCUCUCUCUCUCUCUUUAUUUCCUAAAACACUAUUGUGAGAAAAUUAUAGUUAUUUUGUUGAGGCGAUUUUUCUUUGCUUCCCCUUUAGGUAUUUGAAAGAAAACGAAUACAAGUGUAUCACUAAAAAAAACUAAGUAUUUAUGGAAGGACUAACUAAUUUUCAAUCCAUAUCUUUUCGUGAAACAAUCUUUGCUUCUCAAGUUUCUCAGCGCAUUCCACGCAGAUAAGCAACAGAAUACAACACUGACUAUAGAGUGAGAAUGUACCCGGACAGUUUGAUAAGUAUUAAGUGGAAAAUCAUUAAUGUGAGAAGACUUUGAAACAAACACCCAUUGAUAUAUCCAUUCAAGACUAAACUAAUGCCGCCAUAUCAAGAAAUUGUAAGUAUAUCGAUCUAAAGGAAUAUUUUAAGUAAAACAAUGCAAGGAAAACAAAAUAUUUUACUGUCAAUGGAGAGAAAGAUGUUAGUAAGUGCAAACCACCAAAUCAAACACAGGAGGAAAAGAUGAGACUAAAAUUAUGACUGGGCUUACCUGGAAAAGACGGGCGGUAAACAGACAUGAGAGAUUAUAGGCCCUCCUCCUGCAGGGAAAUCAUGGAGGCUGAUGAUGGUGAUGAUGAUAAGUCUUAAGUGUCUUGUGACCCCCCCGUGACUAAUACUCGUAUAUGCUUUAUCAGGAACACCGGGUCAUGGAUGUUCGAUCGUGUCUUUCAGCAUCCCCGCGGAAUUGUGUCUGUCCAUCGCCACUCCGGUCCUUGAAUUAAGUGACUCUGAUUCCUGAUAUUUAAGACUUUGCAGAGGAUUGGUGAGGCAUGUCUUUAAACUCUCCUCCCGUUGGCUUAUUUCCCUGCGGCAAUCUGUGAGUUAGCGAGGCAUCGGGCGCUGGGGCUACUGGUUUCCGCGGCAGCGUGAGGGGAUGGUGGUGUAACAGGCACUGUGGCUGACCAGCUGGCUCUGAAGCAAGAACUGGUGUGAAGUAUACGUAGGAAAAUAUAUUAAUAGGAACUAUAUUGUGAUGGUGUUUGUAUGUAUGUAUGUAGUUACAGUGGAGAGAACAGUGCCAUUAGGGAAGAUGAAAAAGCCUCAGCUACAUGGAUUUCACGGGUGACGAUCUCCUCUCGUCACCAGCCAGUCGAGCCAUGGGUCUGUGCUUGCUCUCUCUCUUUAUCGUUGCUACUUCUACCGCUGUUUCCCUCCUCGAUAGUUAGCUUCUGCCGCUCACCGCUGAGGAAAAGUCGUUUUGCGGUAAGAAGUUGACGGUGGCGGCGUGCAAGAUGAAGAUGGGUUUGUGCGGGCCGCUGGACACUCUUCUGGCCCCGCUCAUGGGCACCCCGCAGGCCAUCCUCUCCUGCGCCAACACCUCGGCCAUCCCUCUCAAGGCGGACUUUUAUGCCUAUCUCGCGUCCCAGUGCCAGGUAGGACAAGUGCCAUGCGGUGACAUAUGCGGCAAUGCCUGUAAUGGGAUGGUGGAAUGCCUAGACAGGUCUGAUGAAACAUAUGAACUCUGCUCCAAAAAAGUGUGCAACAGCACAAACCAUGGAUCUGGAAAUUUAGAAGACAUAUUCGAGUUUCGUAUCCCACUGUUCCAGUGUGCCUAUGGUGGCUGCAUUAGGGAGCAGUUUGUGUGCAAUGGCCAACCAGACUGCUGGGACCAUUCAGAUGAAACACCAGAAUUGUGUUCAUCCAAACAAUGUACAAGGCGAGAGUUCAAAUGUGACUAUGGUGCCUGUAUCAGAAAAACUUGGUUAUGCAAUGGUUAUUACAACUGCGUCGAUAAGUCCGACGAAACAGAAAAGCACUGCAAGUCUAAACGAUGUCGCUCUUCACAAUUUAAAUGUGCUUAUGGAGCAUGUAUAACAAACGGUGAGAAAUGUGACGGUUCACCAGAUUGUGUUGACAACUCUGAUGAAUCCGAGGAGUUAUGUGGUGCAGGCCAUACUAUCAAACCCCCUGUUACUGUUUCCCCAUCACCACCCAAACCUCCAGUAGUCAUCACACCACCAACACCUGUUACUACGCAGCCCAAGCCACCAGGGCAAGGGCCUAUAAUAUUUGAUGGAGUGUCAACUUCACCGCCAGACUGGUGCCUGGAACAAGGCUUGUGUUCCUGUCCAAAGCCCAAUGAACAUUUUUGUGUGCCUUGUGAAAACAGAGAGAGUUGCUCUGUUCUAGGUGAUGGAUCAGUGUGUAGCAUCAAGCCAGCAGGGGGACCUUUUUCCAAUGUAAAGGUGGAGGUGCUGACCUGCGGCAUCAGACCAGUUGUGUCUCUUGCUGGAUUUGUGCGAAACCAUGAGUCAUCCUUCUGUGGAUCAUCGGAUGGAGUCCCUGUAGAUAGUGUGGUUCUAGCCGACUGUUGGGGUCAAGUUAUCCUUGCUCAGUGUCAUGCUAAUGGCAUGUGGCACAGCUACCACAGUGAAGCCAAUGCCUCACCACCAUCACCAUCCCUCUGCCAAUUUCAGGAAGUUAAUUCUCCAGUGUGUGGUCAACGGCCCAGGUACAUAAGGCCACCAGGUAGAACCAUUCACCUCAAAGCACAGCCCCAGUGGCCCUGGAUGGUGGGUCUCAAGAAGGAGGGAGACUAUUUUUGCACUGCCACAAUCAUCAAUCCUCACUACCUCCUUACAGCUGGUCACUGCAUUACCAGGUCACGAGAAACAAGCCAAACGAUGGACCCGCGUGACGUAAAGGUGCAGCGAGUCAAUGCUGAAGGAAGAAUUGUACAAGUUCGUAUAUCUCAAAUACACCUGUAUCCACAAUAUGUUCCCGGCAAUCGACCGUCCCAUGAUGUGGCAUUGGUGCGCAUGGAAAGAGAAAUUAAUUUUUCUCACCAAGUUUUUCCCGCAUGUGUUCAUACAGAACUGUUUCCACAGAAGGAAAUUGCUGCAACAUUCAACAGAACAAUUAAUGAAUAUGAGUGGGAGAUGAUAUUGCAGCAGCAUGACCCUCGAUGUCACUCCCCACAAGACCGUUGUGCUGCCACCCUAGGGAUUGAUGCACAGCAGUUCUGUGGCAUUGAUACAGGAUUUCUCAGGUACCUACCAGAAGGAUCUUCAGGUGGUCCCUACAUGGUCAAUAUUGGAAGUGAUAUUGAGGAACAUUGGGUUGUUGCCGGCAUAGUAUCUGCUUCCUACCGGCAAACUUCUUGUACGCGACCCUUCACAAUUUUCACUUCUAUUACAUCAUACUGGCCUUGGAUUUCAAAGUGUGUACAUGAAGGGAUUUGUGACUGAUCUAGGUAACUGAUGUUUGUGAUAUUAAAUAUUAUACUGUAUGCUAUUUAUGAUAUGCAAGCAGCUUUAUAUGUUACUGUUAUAUCUGAGGAUCUUGAUUGUAGCGAGAAAUUCCACUUUUCGUACAGCAUAAAAGUAAGUAGAUCUUGAAGUGUGGCUUCAUAUCUGCUCAGACUGAAGUAAAAACAGGGAUGUAUGAUGGUGUGAGUGAGAGAUUGAAUAACUUAUGACUGACUUUGAAAAUUUUUCUUAUUUCUGAGUAUGUAACUGACAGUAGGUACCCAUUAUUCAGUUGUGUCAUAUAUAUUGCCUCACUGGACACCGUGGCACAGCCUCUUAGAAUACAGUAAUACUCCGCUUAACGAACAUUCGUCUAACAAAUUUCCAGUUUAACGUACUAUAUAAAGUUAGACCAAAAGAGUCCGCAUAUCGUACAACCACAUCCGUUUUAGCGAAUUUUCUGGGUUUGAAUUUGCCAGGUGAGGGACCGAACGCGGCAGCUUCGCUGUGAUUGG